AUGACUAUGGCCAUAGACCAUCAACAGCGUCAAUUUGGCGCUCUGAACUUCGAUCACAUGCCUUAUAAUCACUCGCCGCAUUUCACAAACCCGUGGAGUGCAUCCUCGGCGCCUCCUCACCAUAGCCUGUAUUCUUCAUCACACGACCUGAACCCCAUCAGCUUGGACUCGAUACCCAAGGAACCGCCGGCAAGACUUGGCUCGCACGCCUCCUCCAUGCCACCAUACGCCUCCGCCCCUCACACUUCAGCUUCCGCAGGUAGCGCACCCAUGGGGACUGUUUACGGGCACCAGCAGAUGCACAGCUUGCCGCAAGACGUGAUGAGCCAGAACCGUGUCCAGCCGCCCAAUCCCGCCUACGGCAGCAGUGUUUCCUACUCGAGCGGAGGCUCCUCCCACCCAACCUACGCAACCUCUACGCCAUACGAUUCCAUGGGCUAUACUGCGGCGCCAGUACGGUCGACCUAUGCGCUCCAGCAGCAAGCACAGGCGGACAAUUCGCGGAGACUAUCACAGCCGUCAGUUGCCUCAAGUUCCCUUCUCACAACCGCAACCGAGAAUGAACGUCGGCGUCAAAGCUCCCUUAUUGACUUCAAUAGCAGAAGUGUGAGUUCCGAGACGACCCGAGACUUUGGUGAUGCGAUCAACGCGAGCCGUGGGAUGAUCGCUAUGAGCCAGAACACCACCCCGCGCAACAUCUAUGGACCCAAUGCACGCAACGGGCGCGGAUCGGGCGACGCCUACGGAUUCCCUGCCACGCACUCCACAAACUCGUCCAUAUCUUCUUCUGGAACUUAUCCAGCUUAUUUUGGUGGUUCUGUCGAUUCGUCUCUCAGCGACUAUUCUAAUACCGGAUCAGAUAUCGAGGCCGCCUCGUCGAGGACGCUCCCAAGGCCCCCUGGGUUUAUGGGCGGAGGAGCUCCCCCCGCUCCUUCGUCCAUGAUGGGCCAAUUCAGCUCCAAGGUCUCAUCCAGCACGCAGAAGAAGCACAAGUGCAAAGUGUGUGAUAAACGCUUUACACGCCCCAGUUCGCUCCAGACGCACAUGUACAGCCACACUGGCGAGAAGCCUUUUGCGUGUGAGGUUGAAGGAUGCGGUCGUCACUUUUCAGUCGUCUCGAACCUGCGCAGGCAUCGAAAGGUGCACAAGGGAGGAGCGCCUUCUGAAGCGGGAUCCGACGACCAUCACUCAGAAUAA